AAAUCUUGGUGCCAACAACAUUUCAACCAUCAAAGAAGGAGCAUUCACGGGGCUUUCAAAUUUAAAAUACUUAUAUCUUCGUUACAACAACAUAGCAACCAUCAAAGAAGGAGCAUUCACGGGGCUUUCAAAUUUAAACUACUUAUCUCUUUACAGAAAUAAAAUUUUAAGGAUUGAAAAAGAGAUGUUUCAAGGCCUUCACAAAUUAGAGAAAUUAGAUCUUGGAGGGAACAGCAUUGCAACCAUCAAAGAAGGUACAUUCACGGGGAUUUCAAAUUUCAAAGAACUAUCUCUUUACAACAAUAAAAUUUCAAGGAUUGAAAAAGAGAUGUUUCAAGGCCUUCACAACUUAGAGAAAUUAUAUUUGCAUAACAACCCAAUAGAAAAAUAUGAAGAUGGCGCUUUCUUAUUCCUUCCCAGCAUAGCUACAAUUAACCUCGAAACAAUAACCUUAAGAGGUGUGGAUGUCACUUGCCAGCCUUCGUUAAGUAUAUUAAAGAAGUCUAUAACAGAACUGUUGCUGUUUUUGGCACGUGUCAGGAAGGCUCAGGGAAACGAAUACCUAUACUGGAUUAUUCGCAAUGUCAAAAUUACUCGUUAUUUCAACGGAAUUUACAGUGUCAAACAAGUUCAGGAAUCAUAUGCAAUGAAGUGACAAGCUGUCCAGGAACAGAGCCUGUAUGCCGAUUCGCAAUAUCAAUGAACGGUGCUAAACUGAAGACUGAAAGGUCCUGCAGCACAUACAGAAAAUGUGUUGAAGCUAUGAGAAACAAUACCCUUACAUGCAAUAAACGGACGAAUGGCACGUCUUGUACUGGUUGUUGCGUCGGACACUUAUGUAACAAGAAUGAUUUCAUUGGCUGGACCAAAUCCUUCGUAUUUCGUUUGAUUUUUAAAAAGUUCAACGAAUA